UGUGAGGAAGAUGAUGUCGUGGCUUCCGGUCUCACACCCGACAUUACAACAACAAGGGAGCUGGGAAGAAGAGACGACGGUAACACAGCCAGAGUAAAAAACAGAAAUCAAAGAACUAACACCACAGAAGAAUUCCCAUCGAUAAACUUGGAAACCACCAACUUCUCAUACAGAGAUGUUGUAAAUGGAAACCCCCCCUCGUCUGUUUGCAGGGACAGUUUGAGGUGUGAUUUAGCUGAGUCCAGCAUGGAGAGGAUUUGAAGUCCCUUCCUCCUCAGGUCAGUCCUGGGUUGUAACACUAAGCUCAGGUUCUUCAGAGCCUGCUAGUAAUAUGAGCCAUGGACUCCUGGGCAGUUGAUAGUCCUGUGACCCUAGUCCUCAAGGCCCCCAACCAGAAGUAUGAAGACCAGACCAUAAACUGCUUCCUCAACUGGACCGUGGAGAGGCUGAAGACUCACAUCUCCAACGUGUACCCCAGCAAGCCGCUGUCCAAAGACCAGCGGCUGGUUUACUCAGGAAGACUCCUGCAAGACCACCUGCAGCUCAAAGACGUGCUCAGAAAGGUAAGAGCUGCUGAGAUCUGA